AAAAUGAGCGCAGCAACGUCAAUUGUUUCAACGAAUUCGGGUCCCGUGAUGGGAAUUUCGAAGAAAACGGAUUUAGGAAAGGAAUUUUUCUCGUUCCAGCAUAUCCCGUAUGCGCAACCCCCGCUUGGAGAAUUACGUUUUCGUGAUCCGAAGCCUGUUAAGAGUUGGAGUGAAGUUGUCGAUUGCACGAAAGAGGGUUCAGCAGCGACGAAUAUCGAUAUUUUUCUGCCCGAUGGACCAAAAUUAGUUGGAUCUGAGGAUUGUUUGGGAUUGAAUGUCUUCACGCCUGAUUUGAAGCCAUCGAAGCCCCUGCCAGUUUUUGUUUGGAUCCACGGAGGCGGAUUUCUAUGGGGAAGUAGCAGCACGUACUUUUACGGACCAGAUUUGGUAGUUGAGAAAGACGUCAUCUUCGUUUCCAUCAAUUAUCGUCUCAAUAUUUUCGGAUUUCUCUCGUUGAAAGAUCCAAAAGUCGGAAUUCCCGGAAAUGCAGGCUUGAAAGAUCAAUCGAUGGCUUUGAAAUGGAUCAAAGAGAACAUUUCUCAUUUUGGAGGCGAUCCAAAUAACAUCACAAUAGCAGGCGAAAGUGCCGGCGGAGCUUCUGUCAAUUAUCAUCUUAUCUCUCCCUUAUCUCGGGGAUUGUUUACUCGUGCAAUCGCCAUGUCUGGCUCGCCUUUAACGCCAUGGGCAACCGCAAAUCGAGAUUAUAACAAAUAUCUGAAGAAAUUUGUAAAAAAUCUCGGAUUAACUGGCGACGAGGAUGACAUGACGAUCUUUAAUGCGAUCAAUUCAAAAAGUGCCGAGGAGUUAUCUCGUAUUAAUGCGAGUUUAAUUGAUCCGCAAGACAUGUUGGUGAAUACGGAGCUUAUGGCAGUUUUUGUGCCGCAAGUUGAACCGUAUGUCAGUGAAAUGUGUUUCUUGCCAAAAUCGCCUCUCGAAUUGGGACGCGAUCCGUGGAGUAAAGAUGUUGAUGUCAUUUUUGGCGGCGUUUCUGAUGAAGGAUUGUUUUGUUAUUAUUUUGAUAAUAACAACAUGUUGGAUUUUAUGGCGCAAGAUCAUCGUUUUGUGAUGUUGCCGGAAAUGAGAGAAGGAUUAACUGUUGAAGAAGCGCGAAAAAAUGGAGAUAAGUUGUAUGAAUUGUACUUUGCGAAUGAAGCUGAUCGAGUUGCUGGAUUUGCUAACCUCGAAACUGAUCGUCAAUUCUGGCAUGCAAUCCAUCGUUCGAUCAUGCAACGACGUCUCCAUCCAACUGGAUCUGGCAAAACUUAUCUCUACAACUUGGUUUUGGACCCCUCGUCUGACGCUCCCGAAUACUACAACUUUUUACGGAAGCUCUGUAAAAUUCCUCAUCGCAAAGGAACUUGUCACACCGAAGAUUUCCCUCUGAUUUUCAAGACUUUUGCUCCUCGUCUCAUGCCGGGUCACGACAACUACGAAGCCCAACAAACUUUCUUGAAUUAUUUCAUGAGUUUUUGUCACAAUGGAAGUCUCAAUGCGUGGCCUGCUCUCGUCAAAGGAACCACUGAGGACGUUCAAUGUCUCGAAUUCACUCGAAAUGGCUCCGAAAUGAAAGAAUUACCAAACAUUCACAAGCUUCGUAUCUGGGAUUCGCUCUACAAAGCAAAGGAUUUGAUAUAAUUUUCCCCUUGCACAAAAAAAAAUUCAAGAGGGAGAUGGAAAGGAAUGACGUCAUUUGCGGCGCAAGCGUAAAACGAGCGAAAUUAUGUUCUUACACAAAAAUGCAUACAAAUAAAUAUAUUUCGGUCUGCCCCACAAA